UUAUGAACGCAGGACCGACACGAUUGUUGUAUCGACUACUGUAUGCAUGUUUACUUACUGCUUGGUUUCAGCCAUUGGGUCUCAGCUGGCCAAUAACAGGUUGUAUGGCGCAUCCGAUUGGGUGCAAUGAAGUAGUAGCUACAAGCGGUGAGGCCGUGCACGACGGUAAUCCUGGAAAUGUGUCAUCACCUUAUGUUUCUGGUGUUCCGUUAACAAUGGCUGGUGCGUUAAAUCAACAAAGACAGAGUACUUUGGACUUGUGCACCUCUGAUACAACGGAAAAUUCCGACAUAAGCAAAGAAAAAUUAUCUGGUGAUUCCGCAACCAAUUCAGCACGCGCAGUUGCCACAGAGAACAGCUUUACGGAAAGAUUACGUCCAGUAUUCAAGAACUUUUUAAUUUACAACGAAAAAUAUUUCAAGGACUUGACAGUUCAAUUGGGAAAGGUUAGGUUCUUCGAACAAGCCCACAAAAUAGCACAAAGAGGAGGGAGCUUGAAAGCAAUGUCAACUAAUGAAUUUAAUAUAGUGAAAGGAAAAGUAAGCAAUAUAAACUGCGCAAGUUUGAUGCAAAAAAUUGGACGCAUGUUAAGACAGCCAGUAGCUGAUAAUAUUGCCAGUUCGGCUCUGUGGGGAAUAAACAUAUCACUUUUUGAUGAAAUAAUGAGUGAUUUUAUUGAUCUUCAAAUAUAUUUAUCGUACAUAAACGAGUGCUAUGUAGACGAGUCGGGGCAAAAACCGCAAUUCGAAAUAUUUGAGUCAAGCUCGAGUGAUCGCGCCAUACUUUUGAGAGCACUAGAGUUGGAAAAGAAAACGGAUCAAGGUGUGGGGAGUUUGGCUAUUGUAGAUGGAAUUGAAAUGUACGAGCACUUGAAAAGCUUCUUUUCGGCCAUGCUUGGUUUGGUUAACUGCUUAAACACCAAAGUCUCGAUCAUUGGGGGUAAACAUUUCCACAAGUACGUUAGGGAUGGACAGUUGUGUGAUGAAACAAAUUCUUUCAAAACUGAGCUGAUGAAUCGAUUCGCCAAGGCACAGUACGGUGGAUGUCUACAAGUCAACGGGCACAAGGAAAAUGUACCGCCAAAACGCUUAGACAUACGGAGAACGCAAGAAGGGGUUAGUAAUAUGUGGCCCCCGAAUGUCGAACGAAAAUUCAACAAUAAUACAGCACGACCUGGAAGACUGAGCGCGGAUCUGAUAAAAAACAUCAAUGACAGGCCAAAUAUGACUAAUAGCCAGCAAAGCAUCAUGCAGUCUAAUCGCUUCAGGCAAUCUCAAAACACUGGAGCAAAUAACAGAUGCACAAAAAACAGGUAUAACGCUGCAAAGAUGUAUCAACAGUCACCGGUAGUCGCUGUUAACUAACAACUCGGUUUAUAUGGAUGAUUAAAAAAUUUCUGAUU